UUUUAAAGACUAACGUAAGUAUUGCCAGGGCUCUGGUAUUGUUAGUGUGUAAGAGAGUGAGCAAAGCACUACGGUACAGGUUCAGUACAGGAUGAGUCACGUAAGUCGCGCUUCUACCACGUGACCAGUUUCUAUCAAGUGUCAUGCACGUCAUGUGAUGCGACUGGUUCCUGCUACAGCUGCCGGAGGAGUUGCUGUAUCAUGUCGGAUACGUCGUAAUAUUUUGUUCCGGAACAAAACAUGGGGUCUCUAUAUAAAAUAUAUACGGUGGUAUCUUGUAAAUUAUCAAGUGCUUUAUGCAUUUUAACAGUAUUGGCAUAUGUCUCUGUCACUGAGGGAUCCAGUGACGGUCGCUGGUUCCAAGAUCUGUGCAGUUACAAAUGGGAGGCCAUCGACCAGGACAGUCAAAUGAAGUACACAAUGAAAUUGUGUGAUAACUCUCCGGACACACAAUGCGGGGAGGGGUCGGCAGUCUGUGCCCACAGUAUUGCCAGCAAAAUGGACACAACUGUGGGUGAGCUGGGCUUGAGUACUAUAUCGCCGACUGUAUUAGAUUUCAACAGCACACAGAAGUGUGAGGGCGGCAGCGGUAACAUGCAGACCAGCAUCUCUUUCCUUUGCGGGAAGACCAUGGGAACUCCAGAAUUGGUCACUGUAUCAGAGUGUGUUCAUUACUUUGAAUGGAGGACAUAUGUUGCUUGUAAAAUAGACAAGUUCAAGCCCCACAAAGAGGUGCCCUGCUAUGCAUUUGACUCCGAUGGGAAGAAGCACGACCUGAAUCCCCUCAUCAAGAUCACUGACGGAUACCUGGUUGAUGACUCCGAUGAUGACAUAGACUUCUACAUUAACAUUUGCCGCAGUUUGAACCGUCCACAGGCAUGCCCAGAGGACUCAGCUGCCUGUUUGACUACCAAAGGAGCCUCCUAUAACAUGGGCAUCCCCUCCAAGCAGCUGGAGCUGCUGUCCAAUGACAGAUUGAAGCUCAGAUAUGAAGACUCACACAUUAUCCCGGAGUUCUGUGAUGGACAUAAGCCUGCUGUCACCAUCACUUUCAUCUGUCCAUCAGGCAGGCAGGAGGGCAGUGUUCCAAAGAUGACUGCCAAAACCAACUGCCGCUAUGAGAUUGAGUGGGUGACUGAGUAUGCCUGCCACAGGGACUACCUGGAGAGUCACUCAUGCAAACUGACCAAUGAACAGCACGACAUCUCCAUCGACCUCACCCACCUUACCCUUGGCCAUGCGGACGACCCGUACCACACUAAGAGCAGCGAGGGCCGAGAUGGCUACAUCUACUACCUGAACGUGUGUGGGGAGAUCAGCGCUGGGAUCUGUAAGGACGAGAAAGGCUUCAUUUCUGCCUGCCAGGUGAAGGAGAACGCAGACAUGAAGAAGGUCGCUGGGAGAUACAAAAACCAAACCCUCAGAUACUCAGAUGGUGACCUCACAUUAACCUACCCGGGGGGCAACAGGUGUACCUCUGGCUUUCAGAGAAUGACCAUCAUCAACUUUGAGUGCAAUGAAACCGCAGAAAAUGAUGGCAAAGGCUUCCCGGUGUUCACUGGAGAGACUGACUGCACAUAUUAUUUUGAGUGGUACACUGCUUAUGCCUGCGUCAAGGAGAAAGAAGACCUUCUCUGCCGCGUCACAUCGGGCAAGAAGCGAUAUGACCUCUCUCCCCUCACUCGAUUCCCUGAAUCAGAAACUCUUCAGAACUGGGAGGCAGUGGACGCCAGUGCUGCGGGGUCUGACCGGAAGCGCAUUUACCUCAACAUGUGUCACAAAGUCCUCCAGCAGGGGGCGCUGACAGGCUGCCCAGAUGAGGCUGCAGUCUGUGCCAUCGGCAAAGAUGGCAAACCCAAAAGCCUGGGCAGCUUCUUGUCUGCACCUCAGAUGGAUGGCAACAGCAUUCGCCUCAUCUACACCGAGGGAGAUGUCUGCAGGAAGAACAUCAAGACGAGGACCAUCAUCUCCCUGAAAUGCAAGCCAGGAGAUUUGGAGAGCGCCCCCGUUGUGCGGAGUGUGUCGAGCGAUGAGUGUAUUUAUGAGCUGGAGUGGCACACCGCGGCAGCCUGCGUCCUCUCCAAGACUGAGGGAGAGGGCUGCAAGGUGUCCGACCCACAAGCAGGCUUCUCCUUUGAUUUAACACCUCUGCGCAAGGCCAAUAAAGAGCAAUACAGCGUGACUGGGGAGAAGUAUAAUUACCUCAUCAAUGUAUGUGAGGUCGUCACUCAUGAGAAGUGUCCUUCCAAGUCAGGGGCCUGUCAGUUGGAAAAAAGUGCUAAAAGCGGCUGGAGUCUGGGCGAGUUCAAUAGCAAGCUGUCUUACUACGACGGCAUGAUCCAGCUUGUGUACAAGAACGGCUCCACCUACAACAACCCCCAGCACACCCGCCGCUCCACCCUCGUCUCCUUCCUGUGUGACCGGCAGGCAGGCAUGGGCAAACCAGAGUUCCAGGCGGAGGACGAGUUCACCUACAACUUCAGGUGGUACACUUCCCUGGCAUGCCCGGAGAGGCCCGGGGAGUGUCUGGUAACAGACCCCAUCACCCUCCAGCAGUAUGACCUGUCCAGUCUGUCCAAGUCUGGCCCGAACUGGGAGGGCAUGGAUCUCUUGAACCGCAGGAAGUACUAUAUCAACGUGUGCCGUCCACUGCGAGGCGUGCCAGGCUGUGACCGUGCUGCCUCUGUCUGUGAGAUGACUUACGAGACGGGGACUGAGAAAGUAUCCAUCAGCAAUAUGGGUGUUGCCAAGAAAGGCCCGACCAUCCUACAGACGGGCCACCUGCUUCUGGAGUACACGGAUGGCUCUGUGUGCGAAUCAGACGGCUUGAAAACCACGUACACCACCCGCAUCCGCCUGGUCUGCGCCUGGGGAGCCCUGUCCUCGGGCCCCCGCUUCCUCUCCAACAAGAACUGCACAGCUGACUUCAUAUGGCACACCAAAGCAGCCUGUGCCAUUGAGAGUGCCAAAGACUCAAACCAGACAUGUACCAUCACAGACCCAAACACAGACUUUGUAUUUGACCUACACCCUUUGGCCACUAAAACGGGUUACAAAGCAGAAGGCAUUGGCAGAACUUUCUUGCUGAAUAUCUGUGGUGCGGCCCCUGACUGUGGGACUGAGGAAGGUGCUGAGGCUGCCGGGUGUGAGCUGGACGAAGGCAAGCCGAUGGGACAGGUGGGCGUGGAGAAGACCCUGGAGUUCUCCACCGAGGGCCAACUCAAACUCACCUACAAAGGAGACAUGGAUGAAAGCACAGGCAUCAGGAACGCCUUCACCAUUAGUUUUGUGUGUGAUGCGGACUCCGCGGGCUCCCUGAAGUUGGUGAAGGCGGAGAUGGGCACGGGCGCCCACCAUGUGUUCUUUGAGUUCGCCACCCCCCUGGCCUGCGCGCCCGCCACGGUCGACUGCCAGGUCAUCGAUUCCCAUGGAAACGAGUAUGACCUGAGUGACCUGAGCCAGGACAACACGCCGUACAAGCCCAUCGACACCUCUGACCAGGCCAAGUCUCAGAAGUUCUUCCUCAGUGUGUGCAAGCCUCUACCUCGUGUGGAGGGUUGCCCUGGUGGAGCAUUGGGUGCGUGUGCCAUCAUUAAUGGCCGAGGGCUGAACCUGGGCUACGUGCAGUCCAGCCCUCAACCAGCGUCCGAUGGCUCCGUCAGCAUUGUCUACCGGGGGGGAGACCCCUGCAGCACAAAGGGACGCCACUCUACACGCAUCAUCUUCAUCUGUGAUGACAGCCUCGGUUCACCCAUUUUUGAACACAAGAUUGGCUGUGAAUAUGUGUUCAUCUGGAGAACAUCUGAGGCUUGUCCUGUCCAGAGAGUACAGGGUGAAAACUGUAAAGUCCAGGAUCCAAGAAGUAGCCACGUGUUUGACUUGAGCUCCCUGAGUGGACAGGACUACGAAGUGAAGAUUGACAAGUAUGAGUAUCACUUUGCCGUGUGUGGUGGUCUGAAGACUGGGGUGUGCAAGCACAAAGAGGCAGGAGGUGCGGUUGCUUCCUGUCAAGUUGAAGGGUCCUCCCACAGAAUUGCUGGCCUUGCUACGCAAAACCUGACAUAUGAGGACGGACUCAUCAUGAUCAACUAUACCCAGGGGGAGAAGUGCCACAAGAUUUAUGAGCGAUCCACUGCCAUCAUUUUUACUUGUGACCACAGCGAGGCCGUGGGGAAGCCAGAGUACAUGAAGGAGACCCCUGACUGCACAUACAUGUUUGAAUGGCACACGGCUCUGGCCUGUCCACCUUUCAAAACAAUCACCUGCACCUACAGUGACGGCAACGGCAACUUCUACGACCUGUCCUCCCUGUCGCGCUCCUCCCUCGCCAUGUCCAGCAGCAACUGGAGGGUUGUGGCUCAUUCUGGCUCUAACGCAACUCGGAGCUACUACCUCAAUGUCUGCAAGUCCCUGGUGCCACAGAGUGGGUCCUGGGCCUGUCCGUCCUCGGCCGCGGCCUGCCUGAGGACCGCAGAUGACCAGUACGUCAGCCUGGGCGAGGCCAAGACGGAGCUGCAGUGGGACAAAACCAUGCUGGUCUUGAGGUACACCGACGGCCAACUGUGUCCCAACAGUGUGCGCAAACGGACCACCAUCAUCCGUUUCAAGUGUGACAAAACAAAAGAGGACUCGGAGCCCACACUCACCGCGGCCCAGGAGGACUGCAGCUACACCUUCUGGUGGCCCACGGCCGCCGCCUGCCCGCUCAGCGCCAGUCACCACGGCGACUGCCGCGUCACCAACCCAGCCACCGGUCACGUGUUUGAUCUGAACAGCCUGAACCAAGACGGCGGAUACAUUGUGUAUGACAACGAGGACCCCAAAAAGAUGAUCCGGCUCAACAUGUGCUCAGAGAUGAAAAACGCCGGCUGCACAGAAGGAGCCGCUGUGUGCAUCAAAGACAACAAGUCUGCUGUGAACGGGGGGAUGGUCAGCAAGAAGUUGUCCUACCUGGACCAGGUGGUGCUGCUGACCUAUGAGGGUGGAGAUGAGUGCGCAGCCAACCGCGUGCUCAAGCACAAGAGUGUCGUCAGUUUUGUGUGCAAAGACGGGGUGGACGCGGGCAAGCCUGUGCUGGUAGGCACGGACAAGGACACGUGCGUUCACUAUUUCUCCUGGCACACCUCCCUCGUCUGUGAAAAGCAGGUAAGGUGCUCCGUGUGGACAGGCAUGGACCUGAUCGACCUGCGGCCUCUGAUUCACACCACUGGAUCCUACCUGGCCACGGACGAGGACGUCGACAAGGAGAACUCGCCUGACUUCUACAUCAACAUCUGCCAGCCCCUCAACCCCAUCCCCGGAGUCCUCUGUCCCCCAGGAGCGGCCGUGUGCAUGGACCCUGACAAAGGCCAGCCCAUUGAUAUUGGGCGAAUCACAUCCCAAUCCACUCCAGAGUACAACAGCAACACGGGCAAUGUGGAGAUGGUCUUCCAGAGCACCACCCCCUGCAGCCAGAACACCUCCCUGAACUACACGUCCAAAGUCAUCUUCAGCUGCCAGUCAGGCACUGAUCUGGGUACUCCUCAGAUGAUCCGACAGCAGCAGUGUCUGUACGUGUUUGAGUGGGCCACUCCUGUUGUCUGCCCAGAGAUCUUGACCACCAGUGGCUGCUCUCUCCAUGUCUCCCAGCUGCAGUAUACCUUCAACCUGACCUCUCUGUCAGGGCUCGUGCAGGUGCCCGCCAGCUCCUACAAGAUAAACGUGUGUGAUUCCAUCCCUGACUCGGCCUGUAACAACAGCCCAGGGUGUCAGAUGGACGGGCCUCGGCGCCUCUUUCGCCACAGCAAAGCCAUGAGUCUGGACUACAAGCGCCAGGACCAGACCGUCAUCAUGACCCACGAGGGGGGAUCCGUGGUCCCUACAGUAACAGACAAGGGGGAUAUGUGCGUUUUCCCCUCGCAAUACCUGAAGAAGACCUUAACAGAAUGCACCACUGAAGGCAUGACUGAACAGCGGCUAUGGUGCCCCAUCACCAGUGACUGGAACAAGGACCACCAAUGGGGUAACUGGGCUUACAGCACGAAGCGUCAGUCCACUAUCUUGUUCAUGUGCAACCGGACGGCGGGGCGGGGCAGCCCGGAGCUUCUGAGCGAGACGAAGGGCUGCUCCAGCACCUUCCGGUGGAACACCAGCGCCGUCUGCACCCCUAAGAAGAUGGAGUGCCAGCUGGUGAGCCUCCACAAGACCUACGACCUGCGCACCCUCUCCUCCCUCACCGAGCCCUGGAAGUUCAGCAGCGGCACUGACCAGUAUUACAUUAAUCUGUGUCAAAGCGUCCACGGGGGGCUCACUGACUGUCCAGAGGGGGCCACUGUGUGUCGCAAGAACAAAGGCCAGACCCAGACCCUGGGCCUAGUCCAUACCCAGACCCUGGAGUACCGCUGGUGAGUGCAGGAUCAGAUUCUGGUUAACUACACAAUGGGAGAUGCCGUGUGUGGGAGUGACCUUCGUGCCAAAACUAUAAUUCAGUUGACAUGUAGCACCAUAACUGGCCAUCCGAAACUCCAGAGGUAAGUGUCCCUAAAGAGGAUCCUGUCGCUGCGUGAGUUCUGGUUGGAGUGGGAGACACGAGCAGCCUGUGCUGUUGAGCAGCAGGAGGUGGAAAUGGUCAAUGGCACCAUCACCCUCCCGGACACCGGAGCCCGAAUUAACCUGGGGGACCUGUACACCAGAUUGCACCAGGCCACAGGAGACAUCAGAUCCAAUGGAGACCGCUACGUCUACGACAUCCAGCUGUCCGGCAUCACCAACAGCUCGGUCACCAACUGCAUGGGGGCCUACAUCUGCCAGGUGAAGGUGAACGGUAAUUGGCACCGUAAGAUUGGCUCCUCCAGCAAGGCCAAGUACUACAUCAAAGGAGGGAACCUGGACGUGUUGGUGCCGUCCGUGUCGACCUGUGGACGGGACAGGAAGCACACGGUCUCGUCGGCUAUCCUGUUCCACUGCAACCCCGAGGCCGGCGAGGGCAUCCCAGAGUUCCUGCUGGAGACGGACCUGUGCCAGUACCUGUUUGUGUGGCACACCUCCAGAAUGUGUGACUUUUUCUCUAAAGACAAAGUCAUCGAUGGCACAGGGACAGACUCGGAGGCCGAUGGUUUGUCCAGCAGGAGCCGAGCUCUGGGGGCAGUGCUCAGCUUGUUACUCAUUGGACUGACCGUGUGUCUACUCGUCCUGCUUCUGCAUAAGCGAGAGAGGAGGGAUCUUGUGAUUAAGAAAGUCACUGGCUGCUGCAAGAGAGGAAACCCAGUGGCCUACAAGUACUCAAAGGUACUCGCACUUCAUACACACUUCCAUUAUUGCCUCAUGACCAGACAAGCAGUGUCCAUUCCAAACUCUAAUGGCCUGUUCUUGUUCUAAACACACUCACAUUGUUCUUGUUCCAAACACUCACCACACCCAUCUCUCUCUCUCUCUCUCUC